UUUCUAUUGGGGAUGGUGAACUUUUUGAGCAACAGCUGGGUUGCUGUCAAUUCUGUUUGAAUUUUGCAGCGAGUACUUUAUAAUUUGACUUGUUUUUAAGCUUUUGUGUAAAAUCUCAUUUAAAAAAUAGUUUCUGACUACUUCUAGCUGAUUUGGGACUGAUUGAACUUUGAAAAGGGUUAGGGUUUAAUUCACCUCCAAAUUAAAAUACUGUCAUUUUACUCAUCCUCAUGUUGUUUUGUGUCACUUUCUAUCUUCGGUGGAACACAAAAGGAAAAUAUUAGGAACUGACAGCCACAGUUUUCAUGCUUUUGCAUGCUUUUUUUUUUUUUUUAAAUAGUCUCUAAGGUUGUCAUUCUACCUAAAAGUCUCCUUUUGUUCUCUACGAAAGAAAAAAAAAGUCAAAUGGAUUUGGAAGAACAUAAGGAUAGGCAAAUGACAAAAUAUUCAAUUUUGCGUGAACUUUUCCUUUAAGUAACGCAAAAAAUAUGAACCUCCUAACCUUCCACCUGAUGUUUAUUUCCUGCUUAAACAAAAAUUGGUUGUUAUGGAUCUGCAUGUUUAUGCUUCAUACUUGUUUAGAAAUUGGUGUUGCCAAUACCUCCUUUGACCACUGGUAGGCGCUCAAGUUUCACUGCAAAUUAAAUUGCACUUAGAUGGAUUUUUUUCACACAGGUUAACGUAAAUCAAUGAUGGCUAUGUCUAUAUGCACCACGUGAAUGAGUUGUAAAUUCUGGUGUAAGGCUAUCGAAUGGACCAGCAUCCGAGCGCCCGGAGCUGCAGCAGUCGCGGAGCUGCGCCGUCCUGCGAGAGCGUCUCCGGCGAGCCCCCCAUGAAUUUGUACAUCCACUCCACCACCGGCACACGCUUUGAGCUCUCCCUUCCCGCAGAAGAGACCGUGGAAGGGCUAAAGCGAAGACUCUCUCAAAGACUGAAAGUACCCAAAGAAAGACUCGCUCUGCUACACAAAGAAACACGCCUGAGUUCAGGAAAACUUCAAGAUUUGGGAAUAACGGAUGGGAGCAAGUUAACGCUGGUUCCAACAGUUGAAGCAGGCCUAAUGUCUCAAGCAUCAAGACCUGAGCAGUCAGUAAUGCAGGCGCUGGAGAGCUUGACGGAAACACAGGUCAGUGACUUCCUGUCUGGCCGGUCUCCUUUAACCCUGGCUCUGCGAGUAGGCGAUCAUAUGAUGUUUGUCCAACUGCAGUUGGCAGCGCAGCACUCGGGCGGCCCACAGUUACAGCAUAGGCAUCUCAUAUCACGUGGGAGUUCAGAGGGCACGACAGGACAGUCUCAUCCAGCUUCAGGCUCUGCCUCUGGGAUGGCAAGGGUUUCACACAACCCUCACCCACAUCACCCACAUCCUCAUCAUCCAAACACAACGCUCCCAUCUAACCCAGCGGCCUUCCUACCUUCCCCCUCUAUCCCAUCCGUUCCUCCCAUGUACCCCACCUCAGCCUCAGGGCACUGUAGCCCUCCACCGCACCCCUCUCAACUCCCUGGAAGUUUUCUUCACUCCCAGCAGCCAUCUUCGGCCUGUCCCACCUCUCCAAGCAGCCCUAGCCCUGCAGCUCCCUGUCCAGAGUUGACCACUGGCCCAUAUCUUGCACAGGCCAACUGCCCAGCAAAGACGUCUGGCAAUUGUAACACUCCCUCGCGAUCCCGCAAGCCAGGGGCAAUCAUCGAAAGUUUUGUGAACCAUGCUCCUGGAGUCUUUUCUGGGACAUUUUCAGGCACUUUGCAUCCCAACUGUCAGGACAGCACUGGACGUCCCAGGCGAGACAUAGGCACCAUCCUUCAAAUCUUGAAUGACCUUUUAAGUGCCACCCGGCAUUACCAGGGCAUGCCACCGUCGCUCACGCAGCUCCGUUACCAGACCCAGUGCACCAGCCCCAGCUCACCAACACCAUCGCCACCGCCUUCACCUCCCUACACCCCCGGACUAAGCAGCUUGCCUACUACAGUGCCCUCUGAGCCCCAACCUACCCUCCACCCACUGGUGCAGUGCCAGAGUCAGAUCCGCAUGUGCAAGCCUCCUGGCAAAGAAUGGGGGUGGACUACUCUGUUACCAAGAGGAAAGAGGCAGAGAGCCAGAGCGAGAGAGAUAACGAAGCGAGAUAGCACUCACAGACGUGUGGCAGCUCCAGUUGGUAUGCACAGAAGAGCUGACAGGCUGCAAGGUGACCGACUGCGUCAGACAGAGAACCGAGCCACACGCUGCAAAGUAGAGCGACUGCAGCUGCUCAUGCAGCAGAAGCGUCUGCGCAGGAAGGCCCGGCGAGACUCCCGUGCCCCGUACCACUGGCUCCCCAACCGCAAGGCUGGACGGAGCAACAGUAACAGCAGUAUGUCUAGUGAAGGCUCCCUGGACCUAGACUUUGAGGACUCUGUGUGGAAGCCCGAUGUCAAAGCUGAUAUGAAAUCAGAAUUCAUCAUGGCCUGAAGCAGCAACCGUUGCGCCAUCCUCAUUAAGGAAGACUGGGGUUUACAUUUUAGAGAGGAGAAUUUCCGAAGACUGUGUCCGACGACGCACAGAAUCUCGUAGGCUUCACUCCUCAUCUAUCCUGUGACCACAAAGACUUUACACAAAGGAAGAUUCACAGACUUUUACUUACCUUACGUCCUUGAUAGACUAUGAUCUUGGAAUAGACUAAAUUUCUAAAUGACGAUGUUUGGAUAUGGAUUGGACUGAUGAACAGACAGAAUUUGGACUCAGAACGUCCAAGAAGUUAACACAAAUGAGCAUAGCAGACGUCAUCGGUGUUGGGAUUUGUUUUUCUCUUUCCUUUUUUUGUUUUUCUUUUCACCCCAGGGGGAAGAUCCAUACAGGCCAAAUACAGGCACGAUGAACUAACAAAAAUCAGAUACUGAUCCUACUUCCUCCUUUUUUCAUUACAAAUGGGCAUUCACAGUUCAAGAAUCAUUUGAAGGGGGUUACCUUCUUUGUUUUUAAGUCCUGUUUUUCUUGAAUCAUGGUGAUUUAUGAAACAAAAUAUGUAGCAUUACCCACAAAGCAUUCAGGUUUUUUAUCUUGUAGACGAGGAGGGUUCAUUUGCACACACACCUGUGAUUUGAAAUAGACAAUAUCAUAACAUAACCAAGAGAUGGCACAGUGCAUGUUUAGUAUAUAAAUAUAUUUUAAAAAAAAUACAAAAAACGCUUUCUCAACAACAGCUCAGUGUAGAGUCAGAGGUUCAAGUAGGAAAGUAAAACAUGAAACGAAAGGAAAAUACGCUGAUGUGAUUGAAGACACGAGGCUUGUGAAGUCGGUUGUUUUUAGAAUAUAUAAAGUGACUUUUCUUUUUUUACCUCCGCGAAAACAAACAAACCAACCAAACGUAAAACAGCAGUUGCUCAGCAAGGCUCGAGUCAAGCUGUGAAAUGAAUCUGAUGUUAUAUAAUCAUUUAAAUACACACUGUAUCUCUCCUGUUACUGUCUAAAUGUGUAUAAUAGAGAGAGUGGUGGGGUGCCAGAGGAAUAGUUUACAAUUGUGCAUUAUAAUGGCUUGCUCUGCCAAAGUGGAAUCUCUCAUUUAUGCAUUUGACUAAAACAAACCACCAUUCAAUGGUUUUAUCCCAGCAAACAUUUACAGUUGUGAUACAAGACUACCGGUAUUUAUUUGUCCGUUUGGCCAGACCUCUUUGCAGAUUCCCACGUAAACAUCCAGACCGGAGCAUAUCCCCCUCCUUCACACUCUUGAUAGUGCCUCAUACGUAGACGAACUGACAUAUUCUAUCAGGCGUUCCACAGACAGACGGUUCUGCUGCUAUAUGGGACUUCUCUUUGCAUGCAAAAGUGUGAAUUAUCCUGAUCCUUUUUAUAGAAAAUAAUAAUAAUAACAAUAUUGAGAUACUGGUGCUGAAAAGAAAAGAUAAACAAGCAUGAAUUUGUGAAAAUGAAAAUGAAAAAAAAACAAAAAACAUUUGCUCCAGCUACUUGGGAUUUUCGAAUUAGGAACGUGAUGUUACAUAUCAGUCGCAAACCAAAACGGGACUGGAAUUCUACUGUACAUGGAUCAUUCCUGGACUAACUAACGGACAAUGGAACAUUCAAGGCAUCCUCAGAGCAAACCCCAACACUCCCAGCGACCUUGUCCAGAUGCGGACUAACAGGGAUGUUAGAAACCGACGUUCGCCCCUAAUGACUACUUGGAAAUAAACGUCAAAAUGUCCUGAACCACAUCGAUGUUGCACUCACUGAGUUUGCAAUGAGAUUACCUACCUGAAGGGGAACAUUGUCUUUUCCUUUUUUUCUGUUCAAGUGGCCUUAACGUUCAUUAUCGAAACACUUGCAGAGUGGUGGACAACAUAGGGAUGUUUUUGUUGUUUUUGUCCUGUGUUCUUGUUAACGCAUCAAUUUUUCGGGGGCAAUUUUUGUGUUUAGGAGGUGGAGGCUCUAUUAUGUCAAGGCUUCAGUGCCUUAAAGUUUUGCCCCUUCUGUGUGUACGAAAAAAUCUGAACAAAUUAUUCGCAUUUAUGCAGGUUUUUAUCAAUUUAUAGGAGCUCUGGUAGAAUAUUGUCUGUUUUAUGGUUUGAUUGUUACAAGUCACGACCUGGAGUUCAAACAGGUUCCAUCAGUGUGUUCCGUUGUUUGUUUGAUUACGUCCCUUGAACCCUGCUGUCCUACAAAGAAGCAACAAAUUUAAUUGAAAAAAAAAAAGGAAGUUUCAACUGUAGUGCUAUAGCAACAAAGUGCCCUAACUCUCAAUUGAGAUGUCCUUUAAGGACACGUUGACAACAUGCACUUCCCUUCUUCUCAGAUAAUGACUUCAAUGGACGAUUUCUCCCUCUCCCCCAAGAAAAUCAUUAUUUAAUUUUUAUAUAUGUAUGAAAUAUACUCUGUGUGUGCCUCACCUAUAUGUAAAACAGUAAAAAAAAAAAGUGAAAAUUGAAAAAAAGCAUAGGAGAUGAUCUGAGUUUUAGCAUAGGGUAAUUGAAUGAGGGUGGAGGGAGGGAACGGGGGGCAUUUUCAAUAGUUUGUUGAAGUUCUGAUCACAUCAUUUAAGUUGCCUGUUCUUUCUUGUAGCCAAUGAAAACUGAUUACAAGAGUCAAGAAAAAAAAAAAACAAUUUACAAUGUUCUAGCUAUAGACCGGUGUAGCACAUGUGUGACUGUAUUAAUUUAUGAAACCAAAAUGGUAACUGUGAAUUAUGUAUUUCUUUGUGCUUUUUUUAAAGUGGGUGGAAGGCGGAAAAAGGGCGUUGCUGUGCCCUGUUUUGUUUUUGUGGAAUAUAAUGGAAAUAAUCAAGUUAAAAAAAAAAGGAAAAUAUCUAAAUAUAUUUUUUUCUUAAGCAAUACAUUUCAGUGUGACUUGUGAUAGGACAUUUUCUUUUUUUAGGUAAUAAAUUGAAAGAAAAAAUA